AGAGGUUACUACUCACCUUAAGGAACUGUUUGAAUCCUUUAAGGCUUUCUUAACCACUGCCGCUUCAUUUUGUCGUAUUUUUGGAUACCGUCGCGCACUUCUACUGGAGAGAUUCUACCUGUGUCAUUACCUGAGCCAUUGGGAUUUUUGCGGCAAGAUUGUCCUUUGUCGACGAAACAUGACACGUGCGUUGGUGUAUAUUGGUGUGCUAAUAGCCAUAAUGGCUGCGACGGAAGCAAGGCCUAAAUCAGCUGAACCGAAGUGUAAAUCUGGCCCGGUCGACCUUGUGUUCAUCAUCGACGGCUCGCGCAGCGUUCGUCCCCAUGAGUUUGAGACAAUGCGCAAGUUCAUGAUAGACAUCAUCCAUGAGCUGGACAUUGGCCUAGAAGCUACAAGAGUUGGAGUGGUCCAAUACUCCAGUCAAGUCCAGAAUGUGUUCUCCCUCAAAGCCUUCAGUAAGACUGCGCAGAUGGUCAAAGCCAUCAACGAGAUCAUUCCAUUGGCACAGGGCACUAUGACCGGCCUGGCCAUCCGCUAUGCUAUGAAUGUAGCCUUCUCUGCCGAAGAAGGCGCCCGUCCCAACGUUCCCCACGUAGCCGUUAUCGUGACAGACGGUCGCCCUCAGGACCGCGUGGCUGAAGUGGCGGCAGCUGCAAGGGAGUCUGGGAUUGAGAUCUAUGCCAUUGGUGUCGCCAGGGCUGAUAUGACCUCACUGCGAGCUCUGGCGUCUCCACCAUUUGAGGAUCACGUGUUCCUGGUGGAGAGUUUUGACCUCAUUCACCAGUUUGGACUUCAGUUUCAAGACAAGCUUUGUGGGAUGGACUUGUGUCUGGAAUCAGAUCACGGCUGUGAGCACAUCUGUGAGAGCUCGCCUGGCUCCUACCACUGUCUCUGUCUGCCUGGAUACACGCUCAACGAGGACGGCAAGACCUGCACACCCAUUGAUCUUUGUGCUGAAGGGAAGCAUGAUUGUGAGCAGAUCUGUAUCGCUUCACCCGGGUCGUUCACAUGCGACUGUAAAACAGGAUACACACUCAACGAUGACAAGAGAACCUGCAAAAUGAUUGACUACUGCUCAUUUGGGAAUGAUAGCUGCGAGCAUCAGUGUGUGAGUGUGCUCAAUGGCUUUAAUUGUCGCUGUAACGAAGGAUACUCACUCAACGAUGACCUGAAAACCUGCACAAUGAUUGACUACUGUUCAUUUGGAAAUGAUAGCUGUGAGCACGAGUGUGUGAGCAUGCUUCAGAGCUUUUAUUGCCACUGCCGUGAAGGAUACACACUCAAUGAGGAUGAAACAACGUGCACAAUGAUCGACUACUGCUCAUUUGGGAAUGAUAGCUGCGAGCACGAGUGUGUGAGUGUCCUCAAUGGCUUUAACUGCCGCUGUAAUGAUGGAUACUCACUCAAUGAUGACAAGAAGACCUGUACAAUGAUCGACUACUGCUCAUUUGGGAAUGAUAGCUGCGAGCACGUGUGUGUGAGUGUGCUCAAAGGCUUUAACUGCCGCUGUAAUGAAGGAUACUCGCUCAAUGAUGACCUGAAGACCUGCACAAUGAUUGAUUACUGUUCAUUUGGGAAUCACAGUUGUGAUCAUCACUGUGUUAGUGUGCUCAAUGGCUUCUACUGUCGCUGCAAUGAGGGAUACACUCUUCAGGAGGAUGGAAAGACCUGCCAGUCGGAUAACUUGUGUAACACAGUCGAACAUGGUUGUGAAUACCAGUGUGUGAGCACUCCGGGAUCAUACCACUGUAUAUGUCCUGAGGGCCAUGUGCUACAGGACGACGGCAAGACCUGCGGAACCUGUCGAUCCUCCAACAUCGACCUGGUCCUCCUCAUCGACGGUUCCAAGAGUGUGCGGCCACAGAAUUUCGAGCUUGUCAAGCAGUUUGUUAACCAGGUGGUGGAUCAGCUGGAUGUCUCCCCUAAAGGAACACGUGUGGGUCUCGUCCAGUACUCAAGCCGAGUGCGGACAGAGUUUCCGCUCAGCAUGUAUCAGACAAAAGAAGAGAUCAGAAAGGCUGUGAUGAAUGUGGAGUACAUGGAGAAGGGGACCAUGACAGGCUUGGCUCUCAAACACAUGGUGGAGAACAGCUUCUCUGAGGCUGAUGGAGCCCGUCCUGCUGAGAAGAACAUCCCACGGGUCGGCCUUGUCUUUACUGAUGGACGAUCACAGGAUGAUAUUCAAGAGUGGGCCAAGAAGGCCAAGGAAACAGGUAUCACCAUGUACGCUGUUGGUGUGGGUAAAGCCGUGGAGGAUGAGCUGAGAGAGAUUGCCUCUGAGCCUAUGGAAAAACACUUCUUCUACACCGCCGACUUCACUGCCAUCAGCCAGAUCGCCGAGAACCUCAAACUCAAUGUCUGUGCAGCUGAGAGUCAAGGAGAGAUCGAGGUCAAGGACCCCUGCGCUUGUGAAAAUCUAGUGGAGUUCCAGCAGGUUACGAUGUCCACCCUAGACCAGCUCAACCAGAAACUGUCAGCUAUGACCAAGCGACUGGAAGUUCUGGAGAGCCAGUUGCUCACAAGAAAAUGAGAAAGCACUUCACACAACAGCGUGGAUGAGGACGGGGCCCGCUGGGUAUGAAGGGUAGCAUAAUCACAAGAUCUGCAGGUGCAGACGCCUGAUGCAUGAGGCCCACUAUUUCCGGUGCCAUUUUUGGACAUGGCUGAUAUUGUUCCCUAUUUAUACAUGAUCUGUAUUGUAUGAUUUAUAGAGAGGUAUGUAUUUAUAGCAAAUUUGAUAUUAGCAUUUAUACACUAAAAAGGGAAAUUAAGUGUUUGGUACCACUCUGAAAUAUUCUCAUCUUUAUCAUGUUUGCAAUGUUUUUGGCACCAAAUUUAUGCACAAUAUGUGAACGUGGAUCUCUAAAACCUUUAUUCACAAAUAUAUUACCAAAAAAAAAGCAAUUAGUUACAAAUUGUUCUGUUAUACAGUUUUAGAAUCAUUAGUACUGAUUCCAAAAGAGACAAACACAUCCACUCACUUACAUUACCAAAGCUGUUGCCUGUUGUGCAUGAAUAUUUGAAAUAGUCAGAGGAACAUGUCUGAUAAUUGUUAACUGUUUAACUGGACUGCAAUGUGGCCUGAAUGGUUUGUUAACACUAAAAUGCGAUUUUAAAAUUAUGUAAACAGGGUAAUGUGUACAAGUGCCCAUUAAGAUUGUAGUUUUUUAUUAUUGUUAUUGAAUACAGAAUCCAGUUAUGAUACCUCAGAGUACUCUGGCCUCAGGUUUUUAUGUUUUCUUGACGUUUGCAAAAAAGGCCCCAUUAUAAGGCUCUUAUAUGUGAGUUCUUGUACUUUUUCUAUUGUAUUUCCUAAUAA